UUUAGUAUAUUGUUUAAAUGUUUCUUAAACUGUUCUUUUGGUCUUGUCUAUUCGUGAAAUAAUCCGAUGUUGAAGACUAGCUCUGUAGCAGAGGUCUAACUCAUGUUUGCCCUCUAACGUUGCCUGUGUUUAAAUGUGAAGAGUUUACAUAUCUUACUGUAUUGUGAAGUCAUUCAUUUCAAGUUUGCAAUAGAUACAUUUUCAGUCGAGAUUUUUGUUUUUAUAAAUCAUUUAGAAGAGAAAGUAUAUUGUUGAAGGAAAAAGACCAUGUCACUUGCUUUACUCAGCUGUACGUUUAAUGCAGCCUCUGUUCAAGUGAAUGGUGUGUAAGGAAGUUAGGCUACCUCACUCACAUUUAUAUGGAAUUCAAUAAAAAAAGGAAAACAACUGUUGGCUCUCGUUGAAAACUAGGUGAAUUUUGGACCACAUGGGCUGUAUUACAGAACAACUGAAAAUCAUAUGGUGACCAUUUUGUAACAAAAGUUCUCAGAUCUUCACCUGACAUGUGAUGCACUAAUAUACGGCGCACGUCCUCCGUGCUAAAUUGUCCCCAUGCUGGUUCGAACGUAAUCGCUUAGGAUUUUUUAUCACCAUUUAAAGAAUUAUAACUGUUUAAUUAAACUGAUGGCUUAAUAAAAGACGCCACAGUGAAACAUUACGUAUGCUGUAGUAACGUUACAAUAAGGUUGUAUUUGUUAACAUGUUUUGGCUAACACUAGUAAUACACCGUCGUUAUACAUUUGUCCCAAUACAGUUAUGCCUAUUGGUUCACUCUGCAUUUACUAUAUUACUUAUGAUAUAAAAAAUGAAUUGGUCAAUAGAUAAAAGCCUUAGAAGUAUUGUUUAUUGUUAGAUCAUUGGUAACAGCAUUAAUUGAUGUUAAUAACGUUUAUCGUUAUUGAGUUUCUCGUGUUUUUUGCCGUUGCGAGCUGAAAUCACGAUUGUCUUCCUCUUCUGUAGCGCAGAUUUUAUUCCUCCAAAUUGAACUCUUGCAUAUUUAACAUUUUCUGCCAUCUAGCGGUCUGACGGGACGGCGCAUUAAAAACGUAUUCCUUUUCAAAACAUCUUUGAUAUGACGAACACAUUUUUUUAGAAUGUUCCCUUCCAAUAUUUUUUUACCGUAUGCGACCCUGAGCUAAAAACCCAGGCUAAACUCUUAAAAUCUAAUUUUGAGAUAACGAGCAUCAAAGUUUGAUUUCAAAAAUUCACAAUCAUUUCAACCUGUGGCAUGGCCUUAUUCAGUCAAUAUUAAAUAUAUCAAGGUUAUGUUGUAUCAAAAAUUUCUUUACAUGAUUUUAUGUAGAAAACAGUAAAUCACAGACUGUCGCACAUGUCAACUGUGUACCUUAUAAAGCCAUUUUUUAAAAGUCAGUCUGGUUUUCUUAAGGUUUUCUUGUUAAAGCUGACCUGUGAUUGUCUAAUGUUCAGUAUGUAACUGGUCUGAAAUAGUUUUGUGUUUCUUCACAAUGGCACAAACAAGAUCCUUCACUGGAUCUCUUUGUAGAAAAGGAAAUGCCAUGGGGUAAAUGCAACCGUGCAUCCCGUCAUUGUUUUGAAACACACCUGCCAUUCAGAACACAACAGGUCAGUGUUGGUUUCUCAGGCUGCCCCCUCUGCAAUAUCAUCUGUGACUCUAUUGUCCAGUUCACCUCCUCUAUCCAGAUGAGUGGUCUGCACCGCUAUAAAACCUCAAAAACACAUGAAUGGUUCAAAAGGACAUCACAUUCAAUAUGAAGCUGUAAGUACCUGUCUCUUGCUUGUUUUUAGCUCAAGAUUUCUUUAGUCAGCGUAUUCCACUGUGGAAUAAAAAUAUGUUACUAGUGUGAAAUUAGGCAUUAAUGUUUUGGUUUUACGACUGCUGUUGUAAAAUGAAUGGUGUUUGAAUGAUGAGAGAGACAGAUCGACAAUGUUAAAUGUGUGUGUGUUUCAUUUACAAUGAUAUUUGGAAAAGGUUUAUGUCAUUUUCCCUCUCUUUCAUCUGGUGGCUCAGAAUUACCAGCAUCCUGACCGUUCUAGUCUUUGUGAAUGCUGUGUAUUCAGCAGCAAUGAGAGAAGGGAGUGAAGAUUUGUUGCGUUUCCUCGAUGACGCUUUUCAAAUGAAUCUGCCUGCUGACAACCUCGAACCAACUCAGAUCACAGAAGCAGCUCUGCAGACAGAAAAGAUCCUGUAUCCUACAGAUCCAACAGCAGAAUGUAAAGCCCCAGAAAUAGUUGAUGUUGCUGAGUUUUCCAACACCACUCCCAAACCAAACUCGGCUGAAAAUACAGGCAUUGCUGAAGAGAGCUCCACUGAGAGCAGCAACUCAGACAGUGGAUUAACUGAAAGAACAUCAGCAGAGGACAGCAGAGAUGUUGAAAGCUACAAGAGGUCACAGCAAAAAUCCAAAUUUACAGACGCCCAGAAAACAUUACAGGAACAGUAUAUAAACUCAGGAGAGAGUGUCAGCAUAGACACAACUGACAUGGACACUGAAGUGAUGAAGGACACAAACAAGCAUCCCAGUAAAGUGACAGUGAUGACAGACAUCAGUAGUGAGGAAGUGGACAAACCUGAGGAGAAUGUGAGAUACCGAAGCCUUAAAACAAUAGAAAACUACAGUGCUGAGGUGACCGGUGCUCCUGAGAGACAAAAAUUGGACUUGAUGAAAGAAACCCAUCCCAUAAUUCAGAGCUUGGCUGGUCGAACAAACCUCAAAGACCAGUCUGGCCAACCCCAUGAAACUGACAAACAGCAGCAGAAGACUUACAAGAGGGCAGUAGAUUUUGACAGUCCAGAGAUUGUGGACACCCCUGACAGACAGAUCUAUGAUGCUGCUAGUGAAGAACAAAUUGGCGGAAGAGUGGCUAGACGAACAGUCAGAAUCAUCUCAGAUCAAUCCAGCAUUAAAACCACUCUGUUGAGCAAUAACCUGACAACCAGAACUGCCGAAAAAGAGGAAUCAAAUCCCAGUUUGAUCAAAGCUAAUUUAACCUUGGUGGACAACAGCACAGAAAUCUCGGGUCUGAAUCCAUGUACUGAAAUAUCUGUUGGAAGUCCCACAGAGGAGAACAACAGUUUGGAUCCCUCUAAGGAGGAACAGAAGAUCCAAAAGGACACAAUGAGCUAUCGGAACCAGCUGAGGAAAAUAUGUCCUGGUAAAAAGAGUAAGAACAUUGAAAAACCAAAGAGAACAGCUGGAUUUUGAUGGUUUCUGGACAACAGUAGUAGUGAGAGACUGAAGGAACAUGUGCCAGUUAUUGUGUAGAAAAUAUUUUUGUAGACUAGUUACUUGCUUUUAGAUUGUGUCAGUGUGUAAUUUCAAUUUUAGCGUGUCUUUGUUGGUUUGUUUGUUUGACAUUGGAUUGAAAUAAAUAAUCAAGUAAUCUGUCUUGUUAUGCAGUGCCAAUAAAAUUUUUUAUCUGAGAUAAUUGGUCUUGUUUUGUGAAAAAGAUCAUUUAAGGCUAAAAUACACUACAAGACUGUUGCUCAGAUUUUGCCCAGAUUUUAAGUCUGGACUGUGCCAGUCUGCAGAUUUCAUCAGUUAUUGUGUUUCUGUCUGAAACUUUCAAAAAGUCUGCAAGUGUAUGAUGUCUAGUUUUUAAAAAAAUCUGUUCAGAUUUUAAAAGUCCUGUAGUGUAUUCCAGCCAUAAGUGUAUGAAAUUUAGCAGCAUCUAGUGGUGAGGUUGCGAAUUUCAACCAACGGCUUCCCCUGCCUUUUGAAGCACUAAUGUAGCUGAUACAUGUCAAAGGUGUCCUCAUGUUGUCCACACGUCUUAAACGUGUUUCAAAAUAUCAGCCAAUGUAAGAAAAAUAAACUUGUAUGAAGUUUUAUCUGUUUAUUAAAUAGGCUACUUAAACGUACAUUUUUCUUACAUUGGCUGAUAUUUUAAGGCAUUUUAACUGUAUUUUUAUAUUUUCUUUCAGAAAAUGCGUGUUAAUGUCAGAGGUCACUUUCCUUGGCAAAUAAAUGUACAGUAUAUUGAUUUAAGAGUAUUUUGUCUACAUAUUUGUACUGUAAAAUCAAACAAA